UGGUGGACUAUGUAAUUUCCGUGAUGGAUUAUUUGAUUUAUCAUCAUAUUUUUAGAAUGUCAUGAUUUGAAUCAAAGUGUAAACGUACGAGGUAAAUCCAAGGCCGAGGCCAUAAUUAAGAACAAUGCUUACAGAGCUUGAACAAAGUGUGUACGCCGAGUUAUUCCAAACGUGUGACGCCGAUGGCUCUGGCAAAAUCUCCGGAGGGCAUGCAUUCGAGUUAUUUAGACAGUCAGGAUUACCACAUGAUGUUUUACAGCAGGUUACUGAGCUGUGUGGUGCCAAGAGGCUAGGCCAUUUUGGUCGCAGUCAGUUCUACAUCGCCCUCAAGUUGAUAGCUGUGGCUCAGUGUGGCUUGCCCGUAACUACCGACAGCAUCAACUCAGGUGUUGACAUCCCUUUACCAAAAUUCCAUAAAGUAUCUCCAAGUGAUAUUGGUGCUGCCUCUGGUACUGGCCAGUCCACUGCUGACAGUAUUACUGAAAGGCAGUUGCAGGGCCAGCUGCCUCCUCCCCCCAGCUCGGCCAAGAAGGUUCAUUCCCGCAACUUGUCUGGGCAAUUCCGGGGAGCCCACGCUGAACAACCACCACAACAGAUAUUAAAGGAUGGUCAGCCUGUUGUGCCCGACACUGUAUCUUCUCCAUUCCUUGCCAGUCAGUCACAAAUCCCCACCCAGGGUCCUCAGCCUAGUGUGCCCCUGAGUGUCCCAAUCUCACCCCCCAUCUCCCCCCAGGGACCAACCCCUUUUGCUCCAGUAGCCCCAGUGAUGACCUCAUCUGCUGGGAGCCAGCAGUUGACCUUGACUGGGGGAAUACCAGAAGCAGUACAGCAAUCUGGGAUGGUCAAUCAGAUACCACUGAGGGGCACAGAGGAGUGGGCUAGAUUCGAGAGUGAUGAUGAAAAACAUGGUUUGCUGGGCCAUGGUAAGAAGGAGGGCUGGGAUAUGAAACUGCCAGACUUUGACUCCUCCUCAUACAGCUCAGACACUGAGAGCGUGGAAGAUGUCUGGUCCAUCAACGAUGAGCAGCGGGAAUAUUACGUCAAACAGUUUGAAUCCGUAGAGCAUGACCCCAAUGGACACAUCUCCGGUGUGGUUGCAAAGGAAUUCUUUGAAAAAUCCAAGUUGACUAAUUUGGAACUGUCCAAGAUAUGGAACCUAGCAGAUCUGAAUCAUGAUGGAGCCCUGUCGUUAGAAGAGUUCUGUAUCGCGAUGCACCUUGUUGUUUUACGCCGUAAUGAGAUUGAAAUCCCCGAGAGACUGCCGUUCUCUCUCAUGCCAUACAAUGCUUUCACCAAUGAUGAGAAUGAGCCAUUUGCUGCAGACCUUCCUGAAGGUAGCACAUUAAAGCGGUUGAGCCCACAGACUCCACCUGCAGGCCACUGGGAGGGUCUCGUGCAGGACUCGCCUGCCGCAGUCUCCAGUAGCGAGGUCUCCUCACCGAGUGUUACCCCUGCAAACUUUGACUUCCAGAAACCUGAACCCUCAGAUCCUGAGGCCCAUAUAGUUCAGCCAAAAGCUGUGCGUCUCUCUCCGGACAUGUUGAAUGAAAUGCCUGAGGUUCGGCCAGAAAGGGAGCCAGGUCCACAGAGUCCAGAAAGUAGGGACCUCACCCUCCCCGAGUCUGACCAGCCAGGCGUGACAAAGCUCCGCGCUAACACUGCCACUAUGGCGGACACAAAUAUCAUAGAUCCCACUGUACACAGCCGUCCAAGACCCCUGGUUAAGAGGAACACAGUUCCAGGUGCUAUGCCGGGCCACAUCCUGCCCCCAGUUCCCCUCUCUAGUCACAACGAGGACCGGUUUACAGUCACUACUAGUGUGGACACUGAACCGCCCGUCCCCCCACCCAGACCUCAAAAUCGUAGCAUGUCCGUAGACUACAAAGCCCCGCCUGCUGUACCCCCUCGAGUAUCCGCCAAGGAGGCCCCUGGAGCCCAGAAGCUGGCCCACCUGAAGCACCUGGAGCCUGUGCAGUCCCAGGAGGUGCUCAACAUCCAACCGGGCUCCACUAACGUGCCCCCGGGCUCGAGCGCUGCACCCACCAUCACUGCCAUACACCCCAAUCAGCAUGAUCACACUCACUCACAGGAACGGAACAAGGCUGGUUAUGAUGGCGGAGAUGGGGGUGCAGACUUAAAGACUGCAGUGGCAUGGGACCUGCUAGGCCCAGACUUCCAGGAUGGAUCGGCUGAGAGACAGACAGAGUUCAUACUGGCUGCACAGAGACAAGCCAGUCGAGAUAAGAAAGAGUUACAGAUGGCGAUACGAACACACAAGGAGCGAAACUCAACGUUGUCCAGGCUCAACUCUGAGCUGAACCAGGAGUUACAGGAGGUCAUGGAACAGAGAAUUGCCCUGGAGAUACAGCUGGAACAUCUGCGCCCCUUCUCCAGCUAUCAUACGCACCAUAACUCAUGAAAGCUUACUCUUUCAGACGUUAACAACGGGCAAAAACAAAAAUUGGGACAUUUCAUUUUUGGUCACCUAGUGGGUGAAAUUAACCCAAGCAGUUGUAAGAUGAUUUAAUUUUAAUUUUGGAUUGUCCGGCUUGUUAGGAUUUUAAAGCAAUAUAGUAAGGUCAUGGGCAUACAAACCAUGGUUUACGGGUGUGUGGUAAUGUGAGGAUCAGGGCUUAUUGCUCAACUUGCUGGUUGCCUCCCCUGCAUUGUUGCAUAAAGUCUGGUUAUUUCCCUUACAUUGCAGAUACAGACUGAUUGCAGAUUAAAUCAUAGUACAAAAUGUUAACUAUAUGUAUUAACUGCCAAAUAUUUUCUUUUCAACAUCAUCAUCUUGAUUGAUACUGCUCUAUGAAAUAGACCAAUUAUAUAAUUGCUUCAAACUUAUUAUUUCCAUUUGAAAUUUAUGAUCACAUGUUCGAUGUUAGGGUGUGUAUAAGCUGGCAAAAUAGUCUGUGUUUCCACGGUAGUAGUCAGUGUUUGCCCUGGCGCUGUUGUGCACGGUGUGUGUAUAUAGGGAGAUGGACCCUGGGAUAGAUUGCAAUAUACUCUUCACAAAUAUUACUGUGCUGACAAUUAGUCAUUAUUGUAGUGUCACUCGUAUCUUCAAUAAAGUGUGUGCUUUAAGCUGCCUCCUUCGUGUGAUCACAUGUAUAAUGUCAGUUGUUUUUAUUGCAUGAUUACUAAUUGUGUGUGUCAGAUACUGUUGAACCAAUGUUUUUCACAAUUUCUUCAUUAUUAUUCAAUACUUUUUAGACUUAUUUGAAUGAAAUGUGUAAUUUUGGAUGAAAUUUCUUGAUUAUCAAAAACUUUGAUUCCUCAGUAUGUGAAACAAACAAUAAUUUAUCAACAUUUUAUUUCUCGUCAAAUAUGAUCUAUUACCAUUUACUUGUUCAAAAAUGUUCAUUCAAUACGAAUGAAAAUUGUGUGCAUUUAAGUCAGUCUUAGUGUCUGUGUUUGUUUCAAUGUUUUCAAAUUAUGUCAUUUAAAUUUCUGUCCUGGCUCUCCGAAUGAAAUGAAUUUUAUUCUUGUUACUUAUUGUAAUCUGCAUGUUCAUAGUAUUGCAUCUAUCUCAUAAAAUGUGUAUAGUACAAGGAAUGGUGUACCCCUGUUAAAAUGAAAAUCAAACAGAUGUAAUUAUGGAUUAUAUUGGCCUAGUUAUUUAUGAUACAUGUCUGUAGUGUACUCCCAAGUAUCUAUAUCUUGAUUUUGUCAUCGGUUAGGACUAAUGUGUCUUAAUAAUACUGUGGAAAUGUUAUCAAUGAGUGUACAACAAAAAUAUGGUAACAUCAACAGUUUCAGUUCAAUAUCUUCCGAGUGUCUCUUGGUACCAAAACAUGACCGAGUUCCUUUAAGGUGUGUACAUGUUUUCUGGUAGAUUGAUAACAUGUUCCUCCAUAGAGUAUGGCCCGUUCUUUAAUUACAUUUCAGCAAAUGUUUGUUAAUUCUAAUUCAAGUUCAAAGAUACUUUAUAAAGUAGACAGUCAAUAUACAGUCAAUAAAUAAACAUGAGUCAUGGAGUUAACAGUUAAAAGAUGUUUGAUACAAGUUGAAACAUGUGGUGGAUGUUGUUGCUUUGAUUAGCAUGGUUGGUAAUAAUGGAAUACCCCUACAUAAACAUGUACGAAGCUAGUAAUCUUGAUGCAUUUAAAUAUUAACCCAUAUAAGUGGAAUAUGUGUUGUCUUCCAAGAAGAUUUGAUUUAUGUGUGAUCCUGUUCAUGGAACAUUCCCCAUAUGCUUGUCAUGUUGAUAUGGGGUUUUAAUGAUUGGAAUAAUCGUAUUUGAAGAUAAGGAUCUAUUUUAUUAUUAAUGUGUACGGUAUAUAUAUGAGAUGUACGGUAUAAACAUAUAUUUAUAUAUAUCUAUAUAUGAGAUUGCCCAAGCAAUAACCCAGACGUCACUGUGUACUACAUAACUGUGUACUACAUAACUGUGUGCUACACAUUUAUACAAUGUUUUAAAGGUAACAAUUAUGUUACAAGUAAUAAAGGCAUGAAGAUCAAACCUAUUAUAUAAUAUUUUAUCAUAUACCAUUAUACAAGUUUCGAAGUGUUUUGUUUUUGUGUCGCCUGCAAAGCAUGGCACACAUAUAGGGAUUCAUUGUUCGCACCAUUGGCCCCAGUAACUUUUAACUUCUAAUGUGAAGUCUUCAAACUUGGUUAGUUCAUUGGCCGUGAUCAGGAGAUGACCUCUAUUGAGUUUGGGGUCAAGGUCAUGGUAAUCUUUCCUAGAAAAUAAUGAUGGGUCCACUGACAGGCUACACAUUCAAUACACAGAAUUCUAGCAUAUAUUAUCGUUAUGACAAAUAAUUUUGGUGUACACAAUAUGUAAUGGUAGAAUGUAACCAUUUUAAUCAUUGCAGUUGCACAUUAUGGAUAUAAUAUGGCAUUAUUUGGGAGGUGAUCUACUAGUAUAUCUUUUAUAGGUUCUCUUGCCUUUCAUCUUUACUAAUCUUUAUCUUCAUGUUGUAAGUUUAGUCCUACUGCUUAAUGCUGCUGCGAUACAUUUUAUUAUGAUUUUAGAUGCUAUGGAAAUUAAGUAUGCCAUACUGGAGAGAUUAUAACAAAAUGGCAAGCUGUGUAUUUUUAGUUAUGGCCCUUAUGUCAACUUACUGAACACGUGCCGUGUGAAAUGACUGCUUUCAUGUAGAACUGAUAAGCCGCUUUCUGUGAGGCCUCUGGCAGCCAGAUAGGUCUGUUUUGUCUUGGAAAGUAUAUGUCAGGGCUCAGCACAUGAUGGACGUAACUCCUAUUUCAUUAUGGAGUUGUGUCAGUCUUAGGCUGAGCUAGUAUGUAUCUCAAAUGAACGCAAAUGGGUUUACUUGUUGUGUUUAUUUUUCUCUUUGCUGAUAGCUAUUGUAAACUUAGAAUUGCCAUAGGUGGAAAACAUUCUAAAUUAGCUUACUGUCUUUUGGAAUAUCUGUAAAUUUUGGAACCUUUCCAUUGGUGCAUUCGUGAAUAAUAAUUAUAUUCAUACAAAGUUAUGUGGAUUGCUGUUAUGUAUGUAAAUAAUUUUUAUUUUAAUGCAUAUCUGUUAUAUAACUUGUUUCAAAUAUACUUGUAAUAAAUCCAAAACGACCAU